UGGGUUCUUAUUCAUUCCCUCAGUAAGCUAAUUUUGAGAAAGAUAGAGGUGCAUUUAGGUGAGAAAAAUGGAAGCACUACAGUCUCCAUUGCUUAUAGCAAUGAAAGAUGAUUCAGGAUCUACAAAAAUAGCUCGUGAAUUAGCUGCUUUUCUCAAAUACCCUCUCAUCGAUCAAUAUGAUGCCUCUCUAGCCCUUCAAAAAUCAACAAAAACCAGACUCCCAAAUGAACUCAAACACAACUUACCAUUUGAAACUGUUUAUCAAUUCGCUUUAACCCAACUCAGCUUAAAGAUCAAUGUCAUCAUCAAUUGUGAGCUUUCUCAGACUGAUCGUCUUUACAAAUUGCUAAAUUUAGCAAUUUCUGAGAAAGCUCGGUUUGUCAUCAUCGAAUGCACAACCAAGGAUAAGAAGGACAAUGAAUAUGAAGAUGGAAGGAUUCCCAAGCUUCGAGUCGACAUAAAGUCAUUUGAUGUGAAGAAACUCGUAUCCGAUAUGUUGGUUUUGCUUUCUGACAAGGAAAGAGAUGAUACUUUGAAAGUGAUCGAGAGCCAUGCCAAAAACAAAAAGAAAGUCAGACAACCAGUAAUUGACCACUUGCAUGCAUUAGCCUUGUCCGAGAAAGCAAGCAAAAAUGAACUUGUUUGCAAGAGUUGCUCAAAGCUCCUUUCUGGCCCUUCCUAUCAAUGUGUUGACUGUGAAGACUUCAACCUUCACAAAUUCUGUGCAGAGUCUGCCCCAAACUUGGACAAAUGCCCUCCUUUCUUGAGAACAGUGAAGCCUGAUCAAUAUGCCUUCCGACGAACACAUAAAUGCGGUAAUUGUGAAGAAUUCUUAGAUGAUUGUUGUGAUUGCCUCCUCCAAACCCAUCUCAACCAUGGAUUCUUACCAACAAUUCUCCAUUCUGGUCGACACAAACAUUUCCUAAAUUUCAUUAUCAUGCCAUUCAAGUAUAAUUAUCAGUAUAAAUGUUGCGUUUGUGAUAAACUUGGCAGCUCUGUUAGCUACAAAUGCUAUGACUGCUUCUAUGAUAUUCAUGUCAAUUGCGCUUUACCUGAUCUCAUCAUUAAGACGAAAAAUAGUGGGCAUCGUUUCUUCCUCGUGUUGAAUUCUUCAAGUGAUGAUUUACAGUUUCACUUGAAGUGCACGCCUGACGAAAGGCAAGUGGAUGUUCUGAUCAGCAACAAAAAGCUAACGAGAGUUUAUGAGGAUUUUGAACCCACAUGGGAUUUGAUAGAGCGCUCAGAGGACUAUUUUUUAUAUGCAGAACUUCCUGGUUUUAGUUUUAAGGAGGAACAAGUAGAUUGGUUCGUGGAUCCAUCCAAUUCGAUGAUUGUUGUUAUGGGAGAGCGACCCAUCACUAAUAACAAAUGGCUCAGAUUUAAUAUAAAAUCUCAUAUUCCAGAAAACAGUGAUGUGGCGAAAAUUUAUAUCUAUACCAGCCACUCUCUUGAUACAUUGUUUAUUAUGAUACCGAAAAUAUCAAAACUGUAA